AUAUCUUGAGAAAGCCCUCAUUCGCAGGUCACCUGAAUUCCUUUAUUAAUGGAUGAAGUAACAUUCUGCUCUCUCCAAAGCUCUAGUCUUUGGUUUGCAAAGUAGCUUCAAAACAUGACUCAAACAAGACCAGUAUCUUCAUUUCUCUUCCAUUGCAUUCUUGUUGUGUGUGUGAAUUUACUAUGCUCGGAUGCCGCCUCCGCCGUCCGCCUGGGAAAUGAAACAGACCGUCUCGCUCUGAUUGCCUUCAAGGAUCAGAUCGCCCAACAAUCUCCAGUCACCACCUUUAGCUCAUGGAAUGAUUCUAUCCACUUCUGCCAAUGGGAAGGAAUCACAUGCAGUCGCCGGCAUCAUCAAAGGGUCGUGGCCUUAAACCUGGUGGACCGCCGCUUGAUGGGCUCUAUAUCUCCCCGUAUAGGAAACCUCUCCUUCCUACAGAGAAUCGAUCUCUCAAGUAACAGCUUCCACGGCAAAUUACCGAAAGAAAUAGGUGGCUUGCCACGGCUUCAGUAUCUCAAUCUCAGCCAUAAUUCAUUGGGAGGGCAAAUUCCAUCCAAUCUGACCUACUCUUCUGAGCUGAAAGCCAUUAGCUUGGCUUACAACAAUCUCAUUGGCGAAAUUCCAGUCAAUAUAGGCUCUUUGUUGAAGCUUGUCCAUUUGUACCUUAAUGUCAACAAUCUCAAUGGAACAGUCCCUCCUUCACUUGGAAACCUUUCAUCUCUUGAAAAUCUCUUCAUUUCAGAAAACAGCUUACAAGGAAGCAUUCCACAUGACCUCGGCCGAAUGGGAAGCAUAAAAAAUCUUGCCCUUGGUGAAAAUGAAUUUUCCGGUAUGGUUCCUCCCUCACUUUACAAUCUCUCUUCCCUCAUAGGUUUCGGCAUGAAUAGUAUUGGUUUGCAGGGAACCCUUCCGCCCCACGUCGGCCUCAAUUUUCCUAAUAUCCGAAGGCUUUUGUUCGGAGGAAAUCAGUUUACGGGUCCUAUACCAGUAUCAUUACCUAAUGCUUCUAAACUUGAAUAUCUUGAUUUCACUGACAAUCGUUUUAGCGGAUCCGUUCCUGGGAAUUUGGGAAGCCUGGAACACCUUCGUUGGCUAGGUUUAGGUGCUAAUCAGCUUGGAAGUAGGGAAGCUUCUGACGAUUUAAGCGUCCUCACUUCACUGACCAACUGCACUAACCUAGAAGUACUACUUCUAGGUGAAAAUCAUCUAAGUGGUGUAUUACCCAAUUCCAUGGCUAAUCUUUCGACGCACCUGCGUGAAUUAUGGUUAGGAACCAACCAGAUAUUUGGCACCAUCCCAAUAGGCAUUGAGAAUCUCAUCAACCUAACUGUGCUCACCAUGGAAGAAAACUUCUUCACCGGGAAUAUUCCUACUGGAAUUGGGAAGCUUGAAAAAUUGGAAGAAGCUUACUUCUAUAGCAAUAGACUCUCAGGUCAAAUUCCAUCUUCCUUCGGCAACAUCACUCGAUUGUACAAACUUUCUAUGUAUGGAAAUGGUUUACAAGGAAUCAUACCUCCGAGUCUCGGAGAUUGUAAACGUCUGCAACAGAUCGACCUUUCUCAUAAUAACCUUAGUGGAACCAUACCCAAAAAGAUUUUUGGUAUUCCUUCUCUAUCGUUAUUUGAUUUUUCCAAAAAUAUUCUAACUGGGCCCCUACCCUCAGAGGUCAGCAACUUGAAAAAUCUUGAGACGUUGAAUGUCGCAGAGAAUACAUUUUCCGGUGAAAUUCCUAGCUCACUAAGCAGUUGCACUAAAUUGGAAUAUCUUUACUUGGAUGGUAACUUCUUUCAAGGGACCAUUCCUUCAUCAUUGAGUACCCUGAAAGGUCUCAGGAGGCUGGAUCUUUCGAGCAAUAACCUCCAUGGGAAGAUUCCAGAAUAUCUGGAGGGUUUCCAGUUUCUGCAGUACCUAAAUCUCUCUUACAAUGAUUUUGAGGGUGUUGUGCCAAAGCAAGGGAUUUUCAAGAAUGCUAGUGCAAUUUCGAUCCUUGGAAACAAUAAGCUUUGUGGAGGGAUCCCCUUACUGCGGUUGGAAGCAUGCCCUAGCCAAGCUUCAAAGAAACAAGGAAUGUCUCGUUCUCUCAAAGUAAUAAUCUCAAUUAGUAGUUUGGUACUGUUCUUGAUUGGGAUUUCAGCUUCCACUGUUGCCUUUAUUUGGAUAAAGAAGUCCAGGAAACCGUCUUCUAUAUCUUCAUUGGAGAAUCAAAAUAUGAACAUUUCUUAUGGGGCGCUCGUUAAAGCAACAGAUGGGUUCUCUCCAGCAAAUUUAAUUGGGGUGGGUAGCUAUGGUUCUGUAUAUCAAGGAAUUCUAGAUCAGAUUGGAACAACUGUUGCAGUGAAAGUACUCAACCUUCAAAGACAAGGAGCUUCUAAAAGUUUCAUGGCUGAAUGUGGGGCUCUAAGAAACAUCCGGCAUCGCAAUCUCAUUAAGGUUAUAACCGCUUGCUCCAGCAUUGAUUUUCAUGGUAAUGAUUUCAAAGCUCUAAUUUUGGAGUACAUGCCCAAUGGGAGUCUAGAGAAGUGGUUGCAUCCAGUAGCAGAUGAGCCUCAUCAAUUGAGAAAUUUGAGCCUAUUCCAUAGGUUAAAUGUAGCCAUUGAUGUGGCCUCUGCAUUGGAUUAUCUUCAUCAUGAUUGCCAGACACCAAUCGCUCAUCGUGAUCUGAAACCAAGUAACAUUCUUCUCAAUGAUGACAUGACUGCCCACGUUGCUGAUUUUGGAUUAGCGAAGCUUCUUUCUGAAGGCACCGAUAAUUCUUCUCAAAAUCAAACCACAUCAAUUGUGAUAAAGGGAACUAUCGGUUAUGUUGCUCCAGAAUACGGUAUGGGCGGCAAUGCAUCGACGCAUGGAGAUGUGUACAGCUAUGGGAUCCUUCUAUUGGAGAUGUUCACAGGAAAACGUCCUACUGAUGAUAUGUUUAAAGACGGUCUAAGCCUUCAUCAAUUCACUAAGAUGGCAUUCCCAGAACGAGUGAUGGAGAUUAUAGAUCCACGGCUGCUCUCAGAAGUAGUUAAAUCUACGGACGAUGGCAGAAAGGGAAGCAAUGCAAGUAGAAUACAUGAGUGUUUGGUAUCAGUGGUCAAAAUCGGGUUGGCCUGUUCUACUAAAACGCCAAGGGAACGAAUGGAGAUGCGAGAUGUUGUGGCUGAAAUGCAUGCAAUUAGGGCAUUGUAUCUUGAGGUGGGGACACACUGAUGUGUGGAAAUGGGUUACAGUUCUUAAAUUGAGAUUCACGUUUCAGGGAUAGUUACUGAAGUAAUGUUACUCCUUAUCAUAAGGAAGAGUUGGACUGAAAGUAAGAAGACAAUGCUAUAAGUAUGCGCUUGUAUUUGAUUUUUUUUUUCUUUUUCUUUUCCGAAAUCAUGUUAAGCUGCCCUAUUGUUAUAAAUUGUUAUUCUCUUCUUGCUU